UUGCAGGGCAGUGGAAGCGAUGAGCAAAUAUUUUGGAUGCUGUAAUUCCUCUAAGCAGGUUGUGAUGAGCCCUCCUUCAUCUCACUCUGCCGUGGACGAGUCAUGCUGUUGCAGGCUAUUUAAGGCAAUGGGUAAGUUUUGUGGAUGUUAUCCUUCGUCUGCGAAACCUGAAUACAAACGCUUAUCGGAGGAAAUAGUGCGCAGCAUUAAUGACACCAAUCCAACUGAACAAAUAGUUCUGCUUAAAAGUUUCAUUCAAGACAAGCUACGAGCAAUCAAGACCCCAUCAGAGGCCUCAAUAAUGGGCAUUCAGCUCGGGACUGUGUCAUCUGGCAUAGACAUUGGUGGUCAGAUAGUGGAUACAAUUUGAAAGCAAGCGGAAAAAUUGAAGAAGGAGGUAAUGUAUAAAUGUUAAAAUUUCAUAGUAAAUGAAAAACUGACCCUAAUUUCUUCUUGCCAGGAAAUAGUGAAGGAAAUAGGAAGCAUAGCCAUUGACACAGUGAAUGCGAUAGCACAGACACAUCGGGUUUUCGUAGGUUUAUCCGUGGUGGGAUAUGCGCUACACACAUAUAUCAGGGUGAAAUCCAACGUGUCCGGGUGCAUUGAAUUACUCGAAAAGCUUGCUGAGCUUGCAAACGAUCUGUGUGAGUUCAAGAAAGCGGGGGUUGAAGCAGAUCAAAAGCUUUGUAAAGCGGUUCAUGUGAUAAUUGAAAGUGCAGUAAGGAGCCUUGAUUAUAUCAACAAUGGAAAUGUUUCCAGGUAUUUGUUGGUUGGUACAGUGGAAGAAUCUCUUAAGAAGGUGACUGAAAACAUACAAGAAAUGAGGAAUGAUCUCAUAUUGAAAGGUCUAAUCCAGCUAAGAAGGCAAGUCACUAUGUUCUUACCGUCGCAGCCGAAGCCUCCUGAUUUCAAACCAGUUGGCAUUGAUAAGCAAGUACAGGAUGUGAAGAUGUUGUUAGACAUGGAAGGCAUUGAGCCAGCUGUAGCAGUUAUUGUGUGUGGGUUCGGGGGUGUUGGUAAGACUACCUUGGCUUCUCAAAUCAUUUACGAACUGAACUUGCCUUCAACAGUCUUCAAAUAUUGUAAAGUGAUCAUUGAUGAGACGCAAGAAAAGACAUCUCAUAUAAUAAAACUCCAAGCACAAAUCAUUAAUGACCUUGGAGAUGAAAAGGUCAAGUUACGAGAUCAAGAGGAAGGGAAAACAAAAAUCAAGGAGAUAUUAGGAAAACAAUGUUGCUUCCUUUUUAUUGACAAUGUGGUCGAAGGCGACUAUAUUGAACAGCUUUUACCAAAAAAUAUGGCCGAUGAAAAGGAGCAUUCGCAGAAGCUUAGGAUGGUUAUAACAUCCCGGGCAGGUAAUCUGCGAGCACGGCUUAGAAUAAAAAAGUGUAAAGAGUACAGUUUAGAUCGACUCUCUGAUGAGGCAGCCAUUGAAAUCCUCCAACAACUUAUUCUAGAAGAUGGAGAAGAACCCUCCAAGGACUUCGAUGAAGAGGGUUUGAUGAAUGAUGUGGCCGUGGCAUGCAAAGGAACCCCCCUACUCCUGUCUGUUUAUGAAAAUCAUAUAAGAGUUGGUAGAGAGAAGCAAAAGUACGAGGAUGCUCGUGAUGCUCUUAUGAAAGGUGAUCUCAAUAGUCUUGUAGAACAGCAGCUGGAACAAAAGCUUUUGUUUGUUUAUCACAAGUUGAAAGAUUUUGAUGAAGAUGCUCAAGAAGCGUUCCUUGAUAUUUGCUCUUAUUUCCACGAUUGGGCGUGGCAAGCGGUCAGUGAUAUUGUGGGCAAAACUAAACUUGAAACUCUAAGUAAUAGAAUGUUAAUUAAUAGAAGGGAGUCAAAUACAGUAAUUGUUCAUGACAUCCUUCUGUUGAUGGGACGGAAAGAAGCCAAGAACACAAGGUUCUUAAAUUCUGAGGAUUCUUUCAGAGCCUUGAAAGAUCCAUCAAAGGUCCAAAGUGUAAAAGUCAUUUCCCUAUUUGACAACACACCAUUAAUAAGACUUAAAUCUAGUGAGUUAAAUGCCGUCCACAGUUCCUUGAGGGUUCUAAUGGUCGGAAACUGGGUACAAUUUGAUGGAACUCCUUGUGAUAAAGAAUUUGAGAAUCUGAGAUAUCUCCAUGUGGGAGAUAUAGAUGCCUUCCCAUUUCAAGAUGCUUCUAAUCUGAAAAGUCUCAGAUUUUUCAGUAGUCAAUUAAAACCAGGAAUCUACUUAAGUCAACUUCCUAGAACUCUCAAAUGCAUCGCUCAUGAUCCAAGACAACUGGAAGGUCUAGAUGCUGUUUCAAGGCUUCCGGAAGGAUUGAAAUUUCCAGCUUCUCUUCGAUUUCUGAGAUUGAGUAACAUUGAACUGGAACAAGAAACCUUGAGUCACCUAGACGCUCUUGAAUAUCUAGUUUUAGAUAAUUGUGACUUGAAGAAGCUUCCAGAAGGGUUAAAUCUUCCGGAGUCUCUUUCAAGGCUGACACUGAACAACUGCAAGCAACUACCAAAAACAUUGGGCCGCCUCAAUAGACUUCAAUCGCUAUAUUGA